AUGGUACGAAGAAGCAAGAAUACGUCAAACACAUCUCCAGUGAUUGUGGAGGUCGAUAGUGUACAGGGACAAAAUGGUGCCGAUACCUGGACAGCCAUUGAGAAUGGCGAAGCUGUGACAGCUAGAGAGGUAUUCUACAAGAAACCAGUUCCUGAAGAACCACGGGUGAAACAUUACGAGAAGUUCAAAAACAAGAAGCAGCGCUUGAGUGAUGGUUCAGCGGCUGAACGGGUAGAAAUUCUCAAGCGCAAUCAGAAAGGAGUCAAAAGAAGAUUAUCUACUGCCAAUGGAACCCCAACUGAAUCCCCAGCGAAGAAGGUUCCUCUCAAAAGAGCGAAAAUGAAUAAUUCUGAUGGCGACGUUAAUGUUUUCGCUGACAUGAUCAAGAAGAAGAAGGAUGCUAAUGGUAUCAAAGCAAGGAAUGGGACGAAAAUGAAAAUCUUGAUGGAUUGGAGAGCGAUGAUACUUAUAGUAAGCAUUUUGUACUUAUUAGGAUAG